GACCCAACCCCCAAUCACGAUCUCCCCCUUUGCCAAAGGCUAUUGCUGUUAUGCCGCUAGCAAGCCUGACGCAUCCACCCACACCAUAACGUCAAGUGACGACAUCGCUUGUGGCUUUCGGAGGAGUGUCGAGGAUCGAUGCGCAGAGCAGAAGAGGUUAGGGCUGAACAAAAUCAUGUUUCCAAGACGACAUUGCGUAGUUGGAGGUCACACCCGUCAUGCCGCAGGGCCCUGGCUCCAAGCCUGCUUGAGAGCCAAGUUCGACCCUUCGCGCAUGUCUUGCGUGUGAUUUAUACAGCACCGUCUGGUUCCCCUGACUUUCGGUGUGGUGUGGUCCCUCUGAUCUCCAUAGUCUCUUUCCUCGCUCUGCACCGCACUCAGUAGCAGGCCUCCUCAUUCUUCCCACUUGCCUUCGAACAACUUGUCCAUAUCAUCUCGAACCAAACCUCUCCAGUAGCACUGGCUACCUAGUAUCAAAUCGCUCUUAAACUUAAUCGUAAUAUCCGCUUGAAUCCUCACCAGAAUGUCUUCGCCACAGGACAACAACCCGACUGAGGGACAGGGGAAGCCCGACGAGAAGAAGCUAGAGCAGGCCGGCACUGAUAAGCCCACCGACACUAAGGUCGAUGAGAAGGCUGAGAAGGCAUCAUCUGAACAGAAGGGCAAGAAUGCCGAUGUGAAGGGCCAAAAGGAAAAAGCGGGCCAGUCAGAGGCUGUCCCUGGUGAUGCCCAGGAGGAGGAUGCUGAAGUAGCAUACGACGAUGAGGAGUACGACGAUGAAGAGGCCGAGGACGGGGAGGAGUACGACGAUGACGAGGAAGAAGGAGAAGGGGAGUACGAACCCGAGCUCGAGUACGAGGACGAGGAUGAGGCGGCCGAGAACCGGCAGUCAGCACCGUCCGUAUCGCAGCCCGCCACGCCCGAGGAGGAGGUCGCCCAGCCCUGGCAGCAGUCGCAGCAGCGGCAGCAGGGCAGCCGCGACAAGAAGAAGCAGCUGCAGAAGGCCAAGGUCGAGGAGCCGCCGCCGCGCCGGCAAAAGUCAAGCAACAAGAGCUACAGCCGGGCCGAGAUGGAGGAGGAGAUGCGCCGGCAGCAGCAGCAGUGGCAGAUGCAGAUGAUGCAGCAGCAGCAACAACAGCAGCAGGUCAAGAAGGACGAGGGCGGCAAGAACCCGCUAAAGCUGCACCUCGAGCUGAACCUCGAGAUCGAGAUUGAGCUCAAGGCCCGCAUUCAUGGCGACCUGACCCUUGCCCUCCUUGAGCAGUGAUGGCCUAUGAGCCACCAACCACACGCCGCCGAUGACUGCCAUCUCAGCCUCGGUUGCCUUCUAGUCUUUCGAUACGUUCGUCUCCUUUGUUCUUGAUUUCCUUGGAUUCCCUGUGUACAACAAUCUUUUUUGUUGCCUCGUUCGGUGUCGUCGGUCGGGGAACUGGUGAUACCAAAGCGAAUGACUGAGAAGCGAAUUUAAUCAGCGGCAUGUACCUCCUGCUUUGCCGGGAGGGUAUGGUUCUCGAUUCGUUCUCGGCUGUUUCUAGUUAAUGUCUCAUGUCAAUAUGCUUAGCCAGCGGCGGUGCUCGUUCCUUGGGUGGUUUGUUUGGCCUAGCCAUCUCCUGUAUUGUAUCCACACGCGCUCCAUGGCUUUGCCAUCGCCAGUUUUGUUCAACCUGUUAUGAUUUAGAACCAAAAUUGAACUUUGAACCUAGUUCCUCAAAGGCAUCUUGUGCUUUGCUG